AAAAAAAACAAAUAAGGAAAUAUGAGUUUCAAAUUUUAAAACCCCUAUCCCUCUUUCCCAACGGUCGACUACAUACAUUUCACAUCUUUUCUUCACCACUAUCUCUCUCUGCACAAUCAAAAUCAAAACCUUGUCUGUUAAUCUCUUUACUUCUAAUGGAAAUGGACAGCAGUUGCUUAAACACGCCGAGAUCUCUCAAAACUCACACGGAUGCCGAUCUCGUCUCGAAAGUAAGAGUAAUCGUGAGAGUCCGCCCCUUUCUCCCUCAAGAAAUAACCGCAUCAAACAACCAAAUUCCUGUAAUCACUAGCUCCGAGAUCAAAGACGGAGAAUCAGAAGUUACUGUAAUUCUUCAAGAUCCUCAUAGCAGCCGGAGAGAGUGCUAUCAGUUGGAUUCAUUUUUCGGUCAAGAGGAUAACAGUAUCACGAGGAUUUAUGAGAAGGAAGUUAAGGGUUUGAUUCCAGGUGUUUUUGAGGGUUAUAAUGCUACUGUGUUCGCUUAUGGAGCCACUGGUAGUGGAAAGACCUAUACUAUGCAGGGCACUGAUAAAUUGCCAGGAUUAAUGUCACUGGCCAUGUCCACUAUUCUAUCAAUGUGCCAAGGUGUAGGGAGCAAAGUGGAGAUUUCAUAUUAUGAAGUGUACAUGGACAGAUGCUAUGAUCUAUUAGAACUCAAAGCAAAAGAUAUUUCAAUUCUUGAUGAUAAAGAAGGUCAAACUCACCUCAAAGGAUUAUCUAAAGUCCCAGUUAAUUCUAUAUCUGAGUUUCAAGAGGUGUUUUCUGUUGGGACUCAGAGGCGAAAAGUUGCUCAUACUGGUCUUAAUGAUGCAUCAAGUAGAAGCCAUGGAGUGCUUGUGAUUGGUGUUUCAACUCCUUGCUCUGAUGGCUCUGGAGCUGUUUUAACCGGGAAACUUAACCUUAUAGACUUGGCAGGUCAUUUUUUCACCUACCUCAAAUUAAUCUUGGGUAAUGAAGAUAACAGAAGGACCUGCAAUGAAGGGAUACGCCUACAAGAAAGUGCCAAGAUUAACCAAUCAUUGUUUUCAUUAUCAAAUGUUAUAUAUGCACUGAAUAACAACAAGCCAAGAGUUCCAUAUCGAGAAAGCAAACUGACUCGCAUAUUACAGGAUUCUCUUGGAGGAAGCAGUCGUGCUUUGAUGAUUGCUUGUUUGAAUCCAGGAGAGUAUCAAGAAUCUGUUCAUACAGUCAGCUUGGCAGCUAGGUCACGCCACGUCUCAAAUUUUGUUACUUCAGCUAAAAAACCUGAGACUCCAAAGGUCAAAGUUGAUAUGGAGGAAAAACUGCGUGUCUGGCGAGAAUCCAAAGGCAAGAUAAUGAGUGCGCAAAAAAUGGGUCCACAUGGUUCUCCAUUUCCUACGAGUUCUAUCAAGAAACUUAAUUAUCAAAGCUCUGUAAAAGCAAAGGUCAAUAGCCAUCAGGGAAAUUCUAAUACAAAAGAGAGGACCAAAUCGGUGACUUUCAUAAAUCUUACUGAAGGUGUACAGAAUUCUUUGCUGCAGAGCAUGCAGUCUGUUGCUGAGGACAUUAGAGAAGAUUUUAGUGUUGAUUGCAUGGAAACUGUGGUGCAAUCAACCAUUGACUUUCCAGAGUCUUGUGAACUGGUCAAUUGUGCAGCUGAGCCGCUGGACAAAGGGCAUAAAAUGACAGCCAUAGAAGAAAACAACUCUAUGAUAGCAUCUCCUGUUAGCGAGAAAUUAAACAAAUUGGAAAGUCCUCUAAGGAAAGUUCUCACCCCCAUCAACUCAAACAUAAACCGGUUUACCCACGGAGAAGCAGUGUCCACAGAGAAAAAAUUUCCAGUUGGUUAUGAGCCAAAAACUCCAAUUACACCAUUUACUCUGACCCGUGCAAAUGAUCAGUUCGCAGCAGAAGGCACCCCACUGAACAAAUUUCAUGCAAUGAGUGCUACUCUGAAGAGCUCACUCGUGGAAGAGUAUAUUGGCCUCCUGAAUACAGCCAGCAGAGAGGAACUAGUCGAAAUCAAUGGGAUUGGAGCGAAAAUGGCAGAGUACAUUGUUGAACUUAGGGAGGACAGUCCCUUAAAAGCGUUAAGUGAUUUGGAGAAGCUUGGACUUUCAUCCAAGCAGGCUCAGAACAUGUUCAGCAAAGCUGCUAGAGGGAUAUUUGAUAGGCUAGAAGUGGUGCCUACUACUCCCAAGUUGGUCACAGACUUUGCAUGCUGAAUACAUGGAUACUUCAUCCGUGAAUCAGGCUACUGGUAAGCUUUGCUUUGGCUGUGCAUAAUCGUAGUAUAUAUGUGUACUUGCUAGUACAAUCUAAGAUUGCUUAUUAUUUUAAUUCAAUUUCAUCUAAGCUAGGAUCUUUACAUGUA